AUGAACACGGAUAAACUGAAACCGAUAACCGUCAACCAGGCAAAAAACGACCGCGAUGCAUCCGCGCCCCCCGAGUACCCAUCUGUAGCCCGUCGACGUGAGACGCGCGCGAUCCGGACACGUCUCGUGAACGGAUCGCGCGCGUGCAUGCAGGUGCCGCUGCGCCACUCGCUCGCGGAACACCAACUGCUCCCUCGAUCGGCGCUCGCGGGUGGAACGGCGCAGCGGCGCUGGGGCGCUCACCUGGCGGCCGUCGCACUCGACAGCACGCAGCGCUGCGAUGCGUGCCGCAUCCGGAUCCGUGCGGCGGGUGAAUUGCGCAGCGCGCUGUGUGUGCGCGUCGCCAAACGGCAAACGGGCAGGAUCCUGUUUCUAGGAGUGCGGUAUCGUCCAUGCGCGUCGUGCUUUGAAAGCAGGCUCAUGUCCUACUACGACAGCACUUCAGGACAACAUCAAGCGAAUAUACAAGGAAGGCAGUAUCCCUCAGGGGGUUCGACUUUUACGGCGAGGCCGGCUUCUGGACGCCUUGCCAACUUUAAGACAAACUGGUUAUCGUCGGGGAGUGGGCGCUUCCCGUUUUCUUCCGAGAGUCAAAACUCGACAGAAGGCGCGCAGUCGUCGAACUAUCGCGGAUAUUCCCCUGACCAAACAGGGAGGAUGCAGGCGGCGCCGGCGACUGGGUCGCGUUCCUGGUCCGGGCCCGUGAACGGCGCUGGGGGCAGCGGGGACGGCCUGCGGACUCCAGUUCGCGGCUAUGGUAGCUACGGAGGCGCUGCUGCGGGUGCAGGUCCUUUUGGUGCUGCUUACACGAAUCCGUACGAGUCAACGUCGACGAUAGCGUUUACGGGCCAGCCGCAGAGCGAGAUGCACCUCAUGAUCGAUGAAGCGACGCGUCCGGACUUGCCGCUUGAGCCGCCGUACCCGCAGUUUGACCCUAUCAUCGGACAAGUGCUGACGAUGGUGCGUGGCGGAGAAAUCACGGCGCGUGCUGUGAAAGACCGUCUGAAAGUGAAGAACGAGCGCACGCUGCUUCUGACGCUGGCGUUGCUCCAACGACUGAUGGAGGAAUGUCCAAACUUUUAUAUGCAUAUAGCAAACAAGCGUUUCUUUCGCCGAAUGUGGCGGCUAGUUGUUCCCGACUACAAAAACUCUAUGCGCGAGCGCUUCUACGCUACGUUCGAUAAGGAAGCCCUCCAGCGCAAAUACGCCACUGGGGAGAUCGACAAGCCAAUCUACUACCCGGCGGUGGCCAUGAAAGUGAUGCAGCUGAUCGAAGCCUGGGGCGAAGAAUUUGAGCGUUUCCGCCCUUACGAUAGCAAGGGGCAGUUCUUUGUGAAGCGUUGGCGCAACAAGUCGCGCAAAUACUCUUUCCCGCCUAUGCCCGCACUUGAGGUGCCGGCUGUGUAUCGGCCGGGCACAUCAGAGCGUGCCAUCGAACUCCGUCGUCAGCGUGAGUCUGGACAGAACCCGACCACGCCUGACUCUUUCUCAGGAAGCAGUCCUAGCACAAUGAAAGCGCGAGCUUCUGGCGCGGCGGCAGGCUCGGCAGCGCGGAACCCAACUAGACCGCGCUACGAGCUGCGGGAUAUCAGUGAAGCCGCUGAUCUUGCCGCUGCGCUCAUGGACUCCGCACCGGACGCCGGUACCGUCGCCAAUGAUGAGGACAUAGCAUCGCUGAUCACGACCUGCAAGGCAAUGCUUCGAGAGAUGGAAAACAUGGUGGCAAGCAUGGAUUCGGAAAAGAGUGUGGUAGAGGCGAUUGCUGUGAAUGAAAAAUUGCUCCUGGUCAUCAACCGGUUCGAAGAUAUUUGCUUGAUGGAUCCGAAAACAGUCCUGAAUCGAGAAGCGGCUCGAGAGGCUUCCCGUACGAACAAGAAGCCAGCAACAGUGGAUGCCGCAACCGAGGCCACGGAUGUGGGCGCCAUGCAGUCGCGCACUGGAGGUAAGCGCAAGACGGCUGGGUCGAGCGACGAGGAAGAUUCGGACGGCUCCAGUGAGAGUGAAGACGCAGCAGGCGACGACGACGGCGUCGAGGAUGAUGAGCGCGUUCCAGCAAGCAACUCGAGUGGAGCGGGCCGGCGUGCGCGCGGCACAGGCGGCGCAGCAGCAGCAGCAGCAGCAGCGACGGCAACGGCGGCGGCGGCGGCGGAAUCGAGCAGGUUUACAAAAUCCAGCGCAGCGACAAAGGAGGACACACUGCUCUGGCUGAAUUCAGACGACGAGGAUGACGAGGACGAGGCAUUUGAGAAAGAGCGCUCGAGUGCGAUUUCCGGACAGGGACGCGGCAGCGGAGCCUCUAGCUCCAGGAAGCACAAACAGCCGGCGUUGCAGCCGCAACCAGUGCACAGCAGUCAAGCGAGCCGUACCCGAGCCGACACGGCGGCUACAGCGGCAGCGCAGCCGCCAGCGUACUACAUCGAGUCACCGCCCAGUACACAGUACGGAUCUUACGCUUCGGCAUCUUCCGCUGCGCAGAAUGCCUACGGUGUGCCGCCCGGCUAUCCGUACAUGCACCCGGCGUAUUACAACCAGGGGUAUCCAUACGCUGGUGCUGCCUGGAACCCGUACGGCUAUCCGUAUGCGGCGGCUUAUGGGUACGGAGGCGCGGCGCCCCAGAUGGGCAACGUUCCCAGUGGCCAAGCGCCACCCGGUGCGUCCAUGAUGUAUGGCAUGCCGUACGGCGCCUAUCCUGGUGGAAAUGCGUAUGCGAUGUACGCGGCGGGAGAUGCCGCGAACAUGCCCGGAACCGCUUCAACGUCAGCGGCUCGGAACCCCUUUGAGUCCGAUGGUGGCAAUGAAGACGCGCAACAGGCUGCCGGGGCGUGGUCGAACGAAACCACGCGUCUGCCAGCAGUGGGUCACACGGCGCUGUUGUCGCUGACGGCGGCGGAGCCGUCAGCGUCGCAUUCGGCCGACAUGCCGGUACCGGCUGCAGCGGCUGCGGUGCCGCCACCAGUUGUGACGAGCCGUGGUGCGCUUGCUUUACAAUCGCAAUCGCGCACGUCACCGCGCGAUUCGGGGCUGUUUGACGAGUUGUGGCAGGAAAAGGUAUCGAGAACGGAGCAGGAAUCGACGGCUCGAGCAGAGACACAAACCGGAGACGCGUCAGCAGCCCCGGAUGGGCAGGGAGGCGUUGGUGCGAGCGCCACUGCGAUCGCGCUGGACGGCAAAGUAAGUGAGAAAAAUCCGUUUGAAUGA